AUGAAAUAAAGUGAUCCAUCUUUUGUUUUUAAAAGAGUAAAAGAACGUUCAGUUUAGAUUGUUGUAGAAAAAGUGAAGGAAUGGAGAAAUUUAUUUAAAAAUGGCAAGUACGAUAGCUAGGGAAAUCUAAAAAAGCUUACCUUACAAUAAGCUGCAGAGGAAGUGGGAAUUCCUAAAAAAACAUUGGAAGACUAUCGCUAAUUAAUAAAAAAAGCAAAAGAGAUUUAACCUAUUGAAUAAUUAUAUGAUCAUAAAAUGGGUUACUUGAGGUAACUCAUAAAAUAGAACUAAAAUUUAAAAUAACAUAUUAUAGAAAGAGAAACUGAAGAUUUAGAGGAUAAGGAUUUUAAUUUUGAUCAUCAAAAUCCAACACAAAUAGAAUAAAUAGAGUGUGAAUUUGAAAAAUACUUUAAUCUUGGAGAUGAUUAUCAUUUUGAUCAAAACUCUGCCGUGAUGACAGUUCAUACUAGAUUUUAACCAACCUAGGUUAUACAUAAGAAAGUUGAUCCUUAGGAAAAUGAAACAUUGAGUUGCGAUUCUAAUUCUCAAACUGAUGAUGAAGAAUACUGA